AUGACACCGUUCAACGCCCUCCUCCUACUCGCAGUACUGGCAACCUCAGCCCAGCACUCCAACAAGAACAAUAUCUUCAGCCUCGUACAAGCCUCUCCUUACCAAGAUGCAGCACACUACGCGCUCCCGCCCAAUAUCUACGACAACAUCCCUCCCGGACUCACCACCCCCUCAUCCUUCAGAACCUACCCCACCCCCACCCCCGCCCCUGCCCCUGCGUCACCCAUCGAACAACGUGAUGCCGCUUCAUUUCUUCCUCAUCCUACAGGAACAGAGUCAGGGCCAACAGGAUUCGACAUCACAGCACCACUUGUCAACAACAUUUACACGCCCGGGUCAGGACUCAUCAUGACCUGGUCCAACCGCGAGGUCGUCCUCCCAGACUCUUGGGUUCCCCCACAGGCGAUUCUAGAUCUGAUCACUCAUGAGGCCAAUUUUUCGAAUUCGCCACUGUUGACAAAGGCGGAUAUGCGGAACUUGGCGAUGAUGAAGAUGCAGGAUUUGAGGGCUGCUCAGCAAGCGAACGCGAUUAAAGAUUCGCCGGUUUUGUUGAAGAAUCUCAGGCUCUUGUCUUGGCCCCUCUUCGAUAACACCAACGAGACCACAACGACGACGGCGGCGACGACGGGCUUGUCGGCCAAGAUUCUGUCCGACCCUGGAUUCAACCUCCUCAAUAAUGUCAAUAAGAGCUCUUCUGCAAGACUGACGAUCCUUGGAACCUCUGGCGGUGCACUAUUAUGGACGAUUCCAGCGGAUUGGGCGUACGAAGGAGAAUUCGAGAUCGAGAUCUCUACUGCACCAGGAACACCAGGUCGCCACACUAGCAACUCGUUCUGGAUUCUACGAGACGCCGUGACACGACAACUGAACCAGCAGUACAACCUCCCCUCAAUGGACCAACAGCAACAAAGUUAUCUAGAUGCAAAGGGUGCAGAACGGACAAAGGCGGACAUUCAGAGACAGAGGGAUAUGGGUGUGUUUUUGGGGGUUGCGGCAAUGAUGUCGGCGGUUGUGCUGGUCGGACUUGGAGUUGUUGUUGGGAUGUACCGACGCAAGUGGGCUGCUCAAGAAGUCGCCGCCGCCGCCAACAGAGGCUCUGGUUCUCUCCCGUCGUCUCGUCGUGGCAGCUCGUCGAACCUGGAAUCCGCAGCCUGUUGCACCGAUCCUAGCGAUGAUGGUAUCAAACGGACUCUGUCAUCAACAACAACCGCAGCGAGAAACCAGUAUGCAGAAUACACGUCGUCAUCAAGAGCUGGAAUCCUGUCAGUGAAGCAGCAGCAGCGACAGAGUCUUUUGGAUCCCCUCCAGGGUGACGAAGACGCGCAUUCGCCCAAGGAUUUGAAUAUGAAUCUCUCGGAGGAGACCCUUCGCGGUGUCAUUAUCAAGGGCGACAACGAUGAGGACGAGAAGACGACGGCUGGCAAGAGCGGCAUUGCUGUUGUUGCUACUGGGGGAGGGAGUGUAAGUGCGACACCUGUGGACGAGUCGUUUGAGGAUUUGCCACUGUACGAGUACGGCAACAAUGAUAGCGCGUCGACUCUUGCAAACGAGAAGCGAUCCUAG